AUGAGAAUAGUGUUCCAAUACCUUCUGAUCAUCUGCAGUAGUUACAGCAAGGUUGUCGUGGGACAAAUAAUUUUUCCCGGCGGAUCCUCGGGCUCGACGUUCGUCAGUGGAAAUAAUAAUAAUAAUAAGCCACGACCUGUUUACCAACAACAAGGCACUUCGUCGAACCCUUACGGGUCGUUUCCGCCCAAGAAACCUCCGGGUGCUGGUCUUGGCUCCAGUUUCGCCCCACAAAAAUUUCCCCAGCAAAAUGGCAAGCCGGAUGGGCUUCCUCCGACCUCGGAUGGAUGCACGGAUUUCACCGGAAGUUCCGGUGUCUGCGUCCCUAAUGUGCUUUGUGUGGAAUUUUUCGAGCAAAUCGCAGCCAGAACCUCCAUCAGCAGAGAAUCUUGCAAUUUGGCGGAUGGGACGAUAGGAGUCUGCUGUCCCGUUGGAUCAGCUGCUGCUGCCUAUUUCACCGGAAGUUCCGGCGUCUGCGUCCCUAAUGUGCUUUGUGUGGAAUUUUUCGAGCAAAUCGCAGCCAGAACCUCCAUCAGCAGAGAAUCUUGCAAUUUGGCGGAUGGGACGAUAGGAGUCUGCUGUCCCGUUGGAUCAGCUGCUGCUGCCUUGAGGCCGCCGCCAAGACCGACGGAAGGAAAAGUUUUCGAUGUCAACCCGAGUUUGCAGGGCAUCGAGACCAGGCAGUUCAGCCGUUCCGACAUCAACACUGCAGUCACAUCAACAAGAGAUUCCUUGCAAACCAUUUUGGAGAUUGAAAAACGUUUGAAAGAGAAUGGCGAUUACUUACCCAAAGGCACUCCAGCUUUUUAUCAUCAGCAAUUCUUCCAAGUCAGCCCUGAGUCCCAUGAACUGGCUCGAUUGGCACUUGGUGGCAUCGAGGCCACGCGACAGAUUGCGAACAGUUUCGGCUUGGGGCCAUUGGAGGCUGGAUUCGGGCUCCAAAGAUUCACUCUGGAAGGCACUGACCUUUCUGACUUCUGUCCACCACCUCCAAAAUGCGAUAGAAAAUCAUUGACCUACAGAACAACCGACGGAAGUUGCAACAAUUUGGAUAAACCUUCGUGGGGCAAAUCUAACACUCCGAUGCAAAGACUCCUGCCACCAACUUACCAUGAUGGGAUCUGGGAGCCGAGGAAACUAUCUGCGAGCGGACAGCCGCUCAAGUCAGCCAGACUCGUCAGCGCUUCCACGAUCUUCGACGCUGAUAAGCCAGAUCACUUCUUCACCCAGUUCGUCACACAGUUCGGACAAUUUCUGGACCACGAUAUCACUCAUGCUGGGGUCUUCAAACUCGAUCCAGCGGAGAAUACGGGUAUCAUGUGCUGCAGAAAUGGCCAACCGAUCGUUCCAGCUCCACACCCUUCAUGUAUGCCGAUCGAGAUCCCAAACCAAGAUCGGUUCUACGCGAGAUACCGGCAGAAGUGCAUGGAGUUCGUUCGAGCUAUUCCAGCUCCGAGGCCGGGUUGCACCCUAGGGUGGGCAGAGCAGAUGAACGUGAACUCCCAUUACCUGGACGGGUCCGCCGUAUACGGCUCGCACGAAGAGGAAGCCCGUAAUUUACGUCUAUUCCGUAACGGACAACUUCAGGUCCUGAACACAGGUUCCCAUCACCUCCCCAUGCUCCCGCUGGCAGACAACGAAGGCGACGAUUGCACCAACAAAACCGCUGGCAUCCGCUGCUUCAAAGCAGGAGACGACCGAGUGAAUGAGCAAAUCGGCCUGACCCUCAUCCACCUUGUGUGGGUCCGCGAGCACAACAGGGUUGCCGGAGAGUUGCAGGCUCUCAAUCCGCAUUGGGACGACGAACGGUUGUUUCAGGAGAGCCGAAGAAUCGUGGUGGCCGAGUUGCAACACAUCGUCUACAACGAAUGGCUUCCGCUCAUUCUUGGACCCAGGUACAUGUUCAACUUCCGGCUUUUCCCGCAAAGAGAAGGAUUUUCCAGGGAGUACGACCCCAGCAUUGAUCCGUCAGUGACCAACGAGUUUGCUACAGCUGCCUUCCGGUUCGGACACACUCUUCUGCAGAGGACUUACCAAAAUGGCCAACCGAUCAUUCCGGCUCCACACCCUUCAUGUAUGCCGAUCGAGAUCCCAAACGAAGAUCGGUUCUACGCGAGAUACCGGCAGAAGUGCAUGGAGUUCGUUCGAGCUAUUCCCGCUCCGAGGCCGGGUUGCACCCUAGGAUGGGCAGAGCAGAUGAACGUGAACUCCCAUUACCUGGACGGGUCCGCCGUAUACGGCUCGCACGAAGAGGAAGCCCGUAAUUUACGUCUAUUCCGUAACGGACAACUUCAGGUCCUGAACACAGGUUCCCAUCACCUCCCCAUGCUCCCGCUGGCAGACAACGAAGGCGACGAUUGCACCAACAAAACCGCUGGCAUCCGCUGCUUCAAAGCAGGAGACGACCGAGUGAAUGAGCAAAUCGGCCUGACCCUCAUCCACCUUGUGUGGGUCCGCGAGCACAACAGGGUUGCCGGAGAGUUGCAGGCUCUCAAUCCGCAUUGGGACGACGAACGGUUGUUUCAGGAGAGCCGAAGAAUCGUGGUGGCCGAGUUGCAACACAUCGUCUACAACGAAUGGCUUCCGCUCAUUCUUGGACCCAGGUACAUGUUCAACUUCCGGCUUUUCCCGCAAAGAGAAGGAUUUUCCAGGGAGUACGACCCCAGCAUUGAUCCGUCAGUGACCAACGAGUUUGCUACAGCUGCCUUCCGGUUCGGACACACUCUUCUGCAGAGGACUUACCAGUGA